CCCUUCAAAUACGACCGGCAUCUCCCCGAUCGUUGAUCCCUCUCUCUCUUCUGUUUAUCGCUGCCUUCAGCUCCAUGUCUCACCUGGAAACACCCGGAAACCCUAAUUCUAGCCCGAAUCGGAACCCGAACACAAGUCUUUCAGUAGCGACUGAACCACUUCCGGAUCCACCUCCGUUUUCAUCUACGAUGACGUCUGAUAAUCCAAGCGUUUCCACUACUGCUGUUAAUACCAGGAACAAUCUCAAGAGGCCUCGCGAAGAGGAUACAGCUGUAGAUGCGGAAGUGGAGACUUCAACCGAUGUUCCGGCACCCAAACGUCGUGUGAAGGCGACGCACGACGUUAUAUACCGCAUAGUGGUGCCUUCGAGGCAGAUCGGGAAAGUAAUAGGAAGAGUGGGUCAUCGUAUUCAGAAGAUUCGAGAUGAUUCUAAAGCAACUAUUAAGAUUGCCGAUGCCAUUUCUAGACAUGAAGAGCGGGUGAUCAUUAUAAGUUCUAAAGACAGUGACAAUGUAUUCUCUGAUGCAGAAAAUGCCCUUCAUCAAAUUGUUAGUCUGAUCCUCAAGGACGAUGAGGGAAAUGUGGAGGCUAUGAAGGUUGGUGCUGGGCACAUGGCAGCUAAUACAAUAAGGCUUUUGAUUGCGGGUACUCAAGCAGGUGGCUUAAUUGGAGUUUCUGGUCAAAAUAUUGAGAACUUGAGGAAUUCUUCCGGAGCAAGCAUUACAGUCCUUUCUCCAAAUCAGUUACCGCCCUGUGCAUCUGCUCACGAGUCAGAUCGAGUGGUCCAGAUAUCAGGAGACGUUCCUGCAGUUUUGAGGGCUGUAGUGGAAAUUGGAUGCCAACUUAGGGACAACCCACCUAAACAAGUAAUCUCUAUCAGCCCAUCUUAUAAUCCUAAUCCUGGCUUUUCUCGUCCUGCUCAACAGUAUGUGGACCCUACUUCAGCUGAAUAUGUAAAUCUGGAGCUUAUGGUUCCUGAAAAUUUGGUUGGCGGUUUAAUUGGAAGAUUUGGCGCAAACAUUUCUAGGAUCAGGAAUGAGUCUGGAGCAACUAUCAAGGUUUAUGGUGGGAGAGGUGAACAAACACAAAGGCAAAUCCAUUUAGGUGGUAGUGCUCAGCAGGUUGCUCUUGCAAAGCAACGGGUCGAUGAAUAUGUAUAUGCUGAACUGAUGCGACAAGCUGGUGGUCAACUGCCACAAGCAGUUAGUCAACUUCAACAAGUUGCUACUCAACAGACAAUGCCUGAUAUGUCACAUACUAUGUACCAAGGAUACGACGACGCUCAUGCAUUUUAUGCGAACAGUAAUUAUGAAGCUGGAAUGAUGACAUCAGUUCCUACACUAUAUGCACCAGCUGCAACAAACCAAGCACCGCCUUAUUAUGGUCAUCAGACUUAUAAUGCUCCACAGUUAUAGGUGCGAGGAAAAACUUUUCUCUUCCGUUUUAUUCGAGUUGCCUUUCACAUCUCCAAUGUAAAAGUUCUGAAGUAUGGUUACUUUUGACCUUUUAUUUUAUUUGAGUUUGUAUUGUAGAAGCGCUAUGUUAAUAGGAAUUUAGAAUCUUGUUGCAACUUAAUAUUUAUAUAUAAUUGAAAAUCCAUUUUGAUUCUAGGCUUUCAUUGGCCAUUCGUAUAGUUCUUAAGAGAUAUUUUGAUGCCUGUUCCGUAGAAAAAGCUAGCUUUGUCUCUGGAACAUUGCAGUUACAUUCUUGGUUUUGAAACAGGUUAGUCAAGUUUGCUUAUUGGCAAAGACAUUUCA